AUGUUAACGGGUUCACGGACACAUUUACAGUUGUAUCGUAUGUAUAAAUUAUUUCUUGGUCAGUGUAUCGCUUCAUCAAGCAUGCGAUUUUAUUCAUUAUUUCCAAUACACCUUAUCAAAUUACCGUUGAAAGGAUUGCGAAUCAAUAAUGGACUUACCUUGAAGGAUUCUGUGCUCUUUCGAAGAUUUUGUAAUGACGAGUCAUUGGCUGUUAUCUUUAACAUUGAAGGCGAAGAAGAUUUCGCAGAAAAGGUUAUGAACUCUUCUGUCCCAGUACUCGUUGAUUUUUAUGCUGAUUGGUGUGGGCCAUGUAAAAUGCUAGGACCGCGAAUCGAAGCCAAAGUUGUUGGUCGAGAAGGAAAUAUUAGGCUAGCAAAAGUGAAUGUCGAUUAUGCAGCAGAUGUGGCAAUGGAUUAUGAUGUGAAUGCUGUACCCACUGUUGUUGCAGUGAAAUCCGGUCAAGUUGUUGCACGUUUCGAAGGCGUAAAAACUGAUGACGAACUGGAUUAUUUUAUUGACAGUAUUAUUGAUUCAGAGUAA